UCUUUUUCUAUUAUUUUAUUUUUUUUGUCGAUAUUAUUAUCUUUUUCUCUAUUCUAUCUCAAAAUAUCAAACCUCUAUUUGAUCUUUAUAUUUAUAUAUUACAGUGGAAAUUAAUUUUAUUAUUCCCUCUCUCCAGUGCGAAGCCAAUAUUGGAGCCUUCACCCAUACCCAGAAAAUAAUAACAAUAAUAUAAAAAUAAAGAAACAUCAAGACAAUCGGCCUUUGAUUCUGUCUUUCACAGGGCACAAUGAACAUUAUGUCCACCCACCAGUGUGGUUGGCCCUUGAGAAUUCAGGAUCAUCCGGACAAAGGAAGUAUUAAUAAGUCUCCAUUUUCAGGGUAUCAUUCUCCCUCCAAAGGAGUGGACUUUCUUAAUGUUUCUCAUCAUAAAUGUCGCCGUAGUGCCGGAAAAUGUAGGCCAAUUUUUUCAAGAUCAGUGAGUGACAAAAUGGAUCCCUAUGAUUCAGAUGACAGUGACAAGAAUAAAUCUCAGAAGGAUGAUGAAAUCAGAGGAGUGAAUAAUGAAAUGCUCAGAGAGAGUCUCGAGAAAAUAGUCGGCACAGAUGACUCCAGGUUUAGUGGAUUUGAUCUUGCCACUCUUAUCAGGAAAAAAUAUGGAAAAUCUUAUGAUGUUCAGUUGAUUAAGAAGGAAUUCAUGGGAAGGAAUCUCCUUGCUAUGAAUGUCAUGUGGAAGUACAUGGAGCAGAGAUCAUUCCCAUUAACUGAAGAAGAGUAUAUUUUGAGGCUUGAUGAUGUUGCAAACUCAUUAAAAUGUUGGGGAGCUGUCUCACAUAUUCGGAACAGCCUAGCAAAGUCGAAAGAACGACCUCGGAUAGGGAAGGCUGUAAGCAUUUUUAUAGAUAUGGAUGAGUCUGGUGCACGUGCAAACGAGUGGAUCUACAAAUAGAUUGCACUGAUGAGUUGAAAUUCAUCUCAAAGGUGGAGUCCAUAUCUAGCAGGACCACCUCUUUUUUGUGAACUUGGGGAUUUAAUAUACAUUUAGACUUGGAUUGUAACAAAAUCUACAUAAUCUUUCUAACGUUUCUGUUAGCAUCACUUCAAGGCAACUGUAUAUUUUGUUCUUUCUCAGUUUUAUAGUAUUGGUGUAAAUUUUAGUUAAUAUACAAGAAAACAAUCCACAUUAAAUUUCUAAUGAACUUCUCUUCAACUUAGAGGAGAUAUUAAUGGUUGUGUUA